UCACCGGAAAAACUGACAUUUCAGGGUUCCUUGUCCUAACCCGGUAGUCUGAUCACAUUCUGGAUCAUAUCAACCUUUAAGAAGAAAAACGAUAAAUUAUUUCAUCACAUCUUCGCUUCCCUGAAAGAGCAUUUCAUUUUUUUUUUAAAAAGGCUUUGGUUAUUACGGCUUGACCAACAACGCCUUGUUUUUUUUUCAAAGCGAUAUAAAAUCUAAUUUUGUGAAUCCGCGUCGAGUGUGGUGGAAUUCGCCUGGUUUAGGAUUGCAGCAUGCUGAGCUUGGAUACAAAGACGCACAGCUUUACAUUUUUCACACACUGCUCCCUAUCUCUUCCUGUUAUUUCCACCAUCUGAAAGCUUUUUAAUUAUUUUCGAACCCAUUCAUUCCCCUCCUCCUCCGCCUCCUCCUUGUUUGAAGGACCUACCGUUCUCUGAGGGGAUUUGCUGCAGUCAGUGUUUCUCUCUGCCUCUCUAUUAUACAUAUAUGAUAGCCCUUUCUCUUCAUGGUCAGUUUCCGUCUUGAUUGCAUGUACUGCGUGGUUUCCAUUUCCAUCCGAACGUUCUCAUUUUUCUGGACUGAUUGAAAGAGGGGGAAAAAAUCGCCAGCAACAAGAUUAGCAUCUGAUUACUGCGUCUGCAAUUUCUUUUAGCGGAAGAAUAAAACAUUUCUACACGAACAGUCAUGACAUCGCCUGCUAAAUUCAAGAAGGACAAGGAAAUUAUUACCGAGUACGAAACACAAGUCAAGGAAAUUCGAGCCCAGCUUCUGGAACAACUGAAAUGCUUGGACCAGCAGUCAGAGGCCAGGGUCCAGCUGCUUCAGGACCUGCAAGACUUCUUCCGGAAAAAAUCGGAGAUUGAGAUGGACUACUCGAGGAACCUAGAGAAAUUAGCUGAGCGGUUCAUGGCCAAAACUAGGAGCACAAAGGAUCACCUGCAGUUCAAGAAGGACCAGAACAUUCUGUCUCCUGUGAACUGCUGGUACUUGCUGCUGAACCAGGUCAGGAGGGAGAGCAAGGACCACACCACAUUGAGUGAUAUCUACUUGACCAACAUUAUCCCUCGCUUUUCACAAAUCAGUGACGACUCUGUCCGCCUCUUCAAAAAGAGUAAAGAGGUUGGUGUUCAACUACAUGAAGAUUUGAUGAAAGUCCUGAAUGAGCUGUACACGGUUAUGAAAACUUAUCACAUGUACAAUGCUGACAGCAUUAGUGCGGAGGGCAAGCUGAAAGAAGCAGAGAAACAGGAAGAGAAACAGAUUGGUCGAUCUGUGAAGCAGGAGGACCGGGUAACAGGUCGUUCACCAGAUCCGGUGGCCAACAUCCGAUUCGAGGAAAAGCACCAGAGACGCAGCUCAGUCCGAAAGAUCGAGAAAAUGAAGGAGAAGCGUCAGGCAAAGUAUACUGAGAACAAACUCAAGGCAAUCAAGGCACGAAAUGAAUACAUUCUGGCGCUGGAGGCUACCAACAGCUCCGUCUUUAAGUACUACAUCCACGAUCUGUCCGACCUACUUGAUUGCUGUGAUCUCGGGUAUCAUGCCAGUCUAAACCGAGCAAUGAGGACGUUCCUGUCAGCGGAGUUUAAUGUCGAGCAAUCCAAGCACGAAGGGUUGGAUAUCAUUGAGAACGCCAUUGACAACCUAGAUGCUACCAAUGACAAACAGCGUCUUAUGGAACUGUACCACACUGUCUUCUGCUUGCCACCAAAGUUCGAUUUCCAGCCACACAUGGGUGACAUGGUUUCUCACCUGUGCGCUCAGCAGCCAGUGCAGGGAGAGUUGGUACAGCGGUGUCAACAGCUCCAGUCCAGGUUAGCCACUCUGAAGAUUGAGAACGAGGAGGUGAAGAAGACCAUGGAAGCCACAUUACAAACAAUUCAGGACAUUGUCACCAUUGAAGACUUUGAUGUGGGCGACUGCUUCCAGUACACAAACUCCACUGAGUCAGUCAAGUCCACCCUUUCAGAAACCUUCAUGAGCAAGCCCAGCAUUGCCAAGAGGCGAGCUAAUCAGCAAGAGACGGAGCAGUUCUACUUCACGAAACUGAAAGAGUAUUUUGAAGGCAGAAACCUGAUCACCAAACUGCAAGCAAAACAUGACCUCCUGCAAAAGACUUUGGGAGAAAGUCAGAGAACAGAUUGUUCCAUUGCCAGCGGGCGGCGGAACUCCACUGUGAGGAAACAGGAUGGAAGCCACAUCAUUCCCCUGGUGGUGGAGAGUUGCAUCCGUUUUAUCAGCAGGCACGGGCUGCAGCAUGAGGGGAUUUUCCGAGUAUCCGGAUCACAAAUUGAAGUUAACGAUAUCAAAAAUGCUUUCGAAAGAGGUGAAGACCCCUUGGCAGGAGAUCAGAAUGACCAUGACAUGGACUCGAUAGCAGGAGUGCUAAAAUUAUAUUUCCGAGGCCUGGACAGCCCACUCUUCCCCAAAGAGAUUUUCCAUGACCUGAUGUCCUGUGUCACUAUUGAAAACCUUGAAGAGAGAGCUCUUCAAAUCCGUAAAGUCCUCCUGACUUUACCGAAACCCACCAUCAUCAUUAUGCGCUAUCUCUUUGGUUUCCUCAGUCACUUAUCGCAGUUCAGUGAGGAAAACAUGAUGGAUCCAUACAACCUGGCUAUCUGCUUUGGGCCCACCCUCAUGUCUGUGCCUGAGGGCCAUGAUCAAGUAUCCUGCCAAUCUCAUAUCAAUGAACUGAUAAAGUCCAUCAUUCUGCACCACGACACCAUUCUCCCAGGACAAAAGGAGCUGGAAGGGCCUGUGUAUGACAAGGGACUGACGGGAGAGGAUUAUUGCGAGAGUCCUCAUGGGGACCCUGCCUCAGCUGAAGAUGUUGUGCAGGAUACUGGUACAGAAACACACACCAGUGAAGAUGAAGGUGAGCCGAUAGAAGCCAUUGCAAAGUUUGACUACACUGGACGCACAGCCCGGGAGCUCUCCUUUAAGAAGGGCGCGAGUCUACUGCUAUAUCAGAGAGCUUCAGAGGACUGGUGGGAGGGCCGACACAAUGGAAUAGAUGGACUUGUCCCACAUCAAUACAUUGUUGUCCAAGACACUGAUGAUGCAUUCUCUGACCGACUGAGCCCGAAGGGAGAUAUUGAGCCCAGCAGUGCACCACCGCCGGAGGAACGACCCCUGUCCAAGUCCAGCAUUGGUUCACCAACGGGACAUGUUGCCGACAUUUACUUAGCAAACCUUAGCAGGCAGAAGAAGAAACAGGAAUCCGGGAGUAUCCGGCGAUCGUUCCGGACCACUGACAGUCACAGUCUCAGUGGGCACGGACUGGCUUCCUCACCCACAGAUGGUGCGGCCCAGGGCUCUGCCAGUCCCAAGGGCCCUCCACAAGUAGCCCAAAUCAGUUCCAAGGAAACGCCAGAGAAGCGGCCGGUUGUGACGCACGGCAGCCUGAACUCGAUCAACCGCCGGCCCUCAGCGAACAGGGCCGACAGUCCACAGAUCCGAAAGGUGGUGGCAGCAGGAAGGUCCAAAAGCUUCAGUAACCACAAGCCACUGGACCCAGAGUCUAUUGCACAGGAUAUUGAAGCCACGAUGAAUUCAGCCCUUAAUGAGUUGCGUGAGUUGGAGCGUCAGAGUACAGUGAAGCAUGCCCCCGAUGUGGUCCUAGAUACUCUAGAGCCCAUGAAGACUCCUCCAUCGAUGGGCCCCACAUCCGAGCCUUCCAGCCCACUCCAUUCCCGGAUCUUGAAGGACUCCGAAUCUUCUCUGCAGCGGAGUGCCAGUUCCUCUGGGGAUAUGCCAUGCACCUUCAGGCCCGUUAAAUCCGUGAAAAUAGCGGCUCAGGUGAAGCCUCCUGCACUGAGGCCCAAACCAGUGGUUUUUCCAAAGACAAAUCCUAGCACGCCCAACCUCGGAUCCCCAACAACACAGCAAGCAACCGACAAGUCUUGCACUGUGUGAGACCCUCCGCAU